UUUAUGUAACAAAAUCAAAAUAAAAAUCAAAAAAUUGAUUGUUAGAGAUUCUAUAAAUAUUUAUAAAGUUUUUAUUACACAAUAAUUAUUUGAAGAUCCUUGAAUAUGGGUAAUUCGAGUUCAAUUUGUGCUGAUAGAAAAAAAACAGGAUAUUAUGAUGAAAACACUGGACCAUUGUAUCCAUCAACAAAUUUAUCGAAUGUAUCUAGUAACAAAGAAUCGGCAAAAAUAAUCAAUUGUGAAUCUCCAACAAUAGCUAUUAGUAAAAAUGAAACACCCGGUGGGCAAAUGCUAAUUUCAGCUAACAUAAAUCAUCUAGCAAAAUGUGAUUGCGGAAUGAAUCAUUGUAACAAAGCAGUAUGCAAUCAAACUGUAAUAGAUAACAAUUGUAUUAAUUCAAAUAACCGGCAUUUUCUUAAUCAAUGUUAUAAUUGUAACAAAAAAGCAAACGAUAAAGUAUGCAAUUGCUGUUGUCAUUUUCAUUCGCCACAUACAAUUAUUGUGGCAGACAGAAAUACGAUAAAUUCUACAGCGACAGAGCAACAUGGUAACGGUGACUGUAGUGAAAGCACAAUGAAAAAUGUAUUGCGCACUGGUGGCAUUGAUUUAAAUGUAAAAAAAAUUUCUACAACUACUACUGAUGUUUUUAGUGGCGAAAAAAACUUUAUGAUUUGUCAUUGUAGUACAUCAAAUUCGUCAGUAUCGAAUGAAUUGUCAAACAGUAUUGUAGGAAAGGAUUUUUGUAAUAACUGCCUAAAAUUAAAAAAAAAUCAUUUUACAACAAAAUCUAUACCUACCACAAAAAUGAGUGAAGAAGGAAGAAAUCGUUUAGGAUUAUGGGGUACACAUGGUGAUAUGGAUGUUCCUGGAAAUUUAUCAGGAUUAGAUCGUUUAAUGAAAAAACGCUACAACAAGGGUCUUGCGUUUACAUCAGAAGAGAGACAACUUUUGAGUAUUAGAGGACUUUUACCGCACGUUGUAAAAAAUCAAGAUGAGCAAGUUAAACAUUGUUUAUUAUUGUUGAAAAGAUUGGAAAAUGAUUUAGAUAAAUACAUGUAUUUAAAUGGAUUAUCAGAACGCAAUGAAAGAUUAUUUUAUAAAGUUUUGAGUUCUGAUAUUACAAAUUUAAUGCCAAUCGUUUAUACACCCACAGUUGGUUUAGCUUGUCAAAAAUUCAGUUUAGUUCAGUUAUAUAACCCAAAAGGACUGUUCAUAACAAAAUAUGAUAAAGGAUACAUCUACGAUAUAUUGCGGAACUGGCCAGAAACUGAUAUUCGUGCUAUUUGCGUAACAGAUGGCGAACGAAUUUUAGGCUUAGGUGAUCUUGGAGCAAAUGGUAUGGGUAUACCAAUUGGAAAAUUAUCUCUAUAUACAGCAUUAGCGGGAAUUAAACCACAUCAAUGUUUACCAAUUACGUUAGAUGUUGGUACCAAUAAUCAAUCAUUUUUGGAUGAUGAAUUAUAUAUUGGGGUAAGAGAGAGACGUAUUGUUGGACAAGAGUAUGAUGAUUUUGUAGAUGAAUUUAUGGAAGCUGUUGUUAAACGUUUUGGUCAAAAUUGUUUAAUACAAUUUGAGGAUUUUGCAAAUGAUAAAGCAUUCAGAUUUUUAGAAAAAUAUCGAGACCAUUAUUGUACUUUUAAUGAUGAUAUUCAAGGAACAGCAUCAGUUGCACUAGCUGGAAUUUUGGCAUCACUGAGAUUAACAAAUACGAAACUUAAAGACAAUUUAAUUUUAUUCCAAGGUGCUGGAGAAGCAGCAUUAGGUAUUGCUAACUUGUGUGUAUCAGCAAUGAUAAUGGAAGGUCUUUCAAAAGAAGAAGCUAAAACACGAGUUUGGCUCGUCGAUAGUAAAGGUUUAAUUGUUAGAGAUCGCCCAAAAGGUGGUCUUAAUGAGCACAAAUUACAUUUUGCCCAUGAUCAUGAACCUAUUGACACGCUAGUUGAUGCAGUAAAUAUUUUAAAACCAACUAUUUUGAUUGGAGCUGCUGCGAUUGGGGGAGCGUUUACCAAAGAAAUUAUUGAAAAGAUGGCUGAAUUGAAUGAAAAACCUGUAAUUUUUGCAUUAUCAAAUCCAACAAUUAAAGCUGAAUGUACUGCUGAACAAGCAUACACUUGGAGUAAAGGUAGCGCAAUAUUUGCCUCUGGUUCACCCUUUGAUCCAUUCGAAUACGAAGGAAAAGUUUAUACACCUGGACAGGGUAAUAAUGCAUAUAUUUUCCCUGGCGUUGCUUUGGGCGUUAUUUGUGCUGGAAUGCUGAGAAUUCCAGAAGAAUGUUUCUUAAUGUCAGCCGAGAGACUAGCAAAAUUAUGUUCAGAUGAACAAUUAGAAAAAGGAUGCUUAUAUCCGCCAUUAUCAGAAAUUACAAAUUGUUCUGUAGAAAUCGCAGAACAAAUUAUGCAAUACGCCUAUGAUAAAGAUUUAGCAACACUUCGUCCAGAACCAAAAGAUAAAAUUGCAUUUAUUAGAAGUCAAAUGUAUGAUACAAAUUACCCACCUGCUAUUCCAAAAUUUCAUUUGUAAAAUAAAAAUAAUACAUUCAAGGUCAAAAAAAAUCAAUAAAUAUCACUUAUAAUAUUAAGAGUAAAUAAUAAUAUUCUCUUUGUAGUACAUAUUCAAAUAUUUUAUCAAAACUUUUUAACAAAAAACAAAAUAUUUUGAGAUGAAGUUAAAAAAAAAAAACUGAUAAAAGAAUUCAAAAUAUCUCUAUAUUUUAGCAGACACCAUUUAAAGCGAACAAACAAUUCUUUUUUGUCAGUUAUAUAUUUAUGUAUUUUUAGAAUUUUUGAUGUUAUACAAAUAAAUCUUAAACCCUAUUUAAUAAUUGUUGUUAAACUUUUCAUAAAUUUUCCAAUCAAUGUUUGUUUUUUAAUUUAUAUUUAAAAUAAUUUGUAAUAGUUUCUUAUUAAAAGAAAAUAGAAAUUAAAACUGUUGUUGCUAUUUCUAUAUUCGUAAAGCACUUUUUUUAUCAAGCAUAAUAUUUUUCAAAAAAUUAAACGAACAAGAACAAAUACCUAAGUGAUUAAUAAUUUAUAUUGCAAAUAAAGAAUUUACAAAAUUAUGCACAUGUAGAUUUUCAGAGUAUAAUUAAUUCAAUUUUAUUUUUUUUUUUUUUGCACUUUUUUAAAUUAAAAUUAGUUUUUUGAUUAUGUUAAGUAUAUGUUUUUUUUGUUUUGUUAAAAUGUGGAUGGGAUUUAAAUUACUAAAAAUAAGUAAUAAAAAAUAAAUGAAAUAACAAAAAUUUAAUUAGGUAUGAGCCUCUUUCAUUUAAAAUAUUUUGUUAAAAUCCCAGAAUAUAAAGUAAGUAAAUAUCAACAAAGACGAUUUUAUCGGUUUUUGCCUGAUAAACGCAGCAUGAUCAUAAAGCU